AUGUAUGGAGGUAAUUUAGAUCAAGUGAUUGCCGAAGAAAACAACAAUAAUAUAGAUACCAAAAAGAAAAUCGAAAUUAAAUUAUCAAAAUAUGUUCUGCCACAAACUUAUAACAUAAUUUAUGAAACAGCAAAAGAAUACGCGGCAACGCAGUUGGAAGGUUAUUGUAUAGCAUUCAAAGAAAGUAAUCCGGAUUUAUUUCAAGAUUAG